CUGAGAAGACGGCUUACAUCAACCGACCUUCAAGGCGCACCAUGAGCCGAGGGUCUAAAAGCAAAACGGAGAGCGUAUGGAGCUCCCUGCUGAGCCUCCAGGAAAGCGAGGCCUUGGAGGGUCUGCUGGGCAGAAGGUGUGCUUCUAUGGCUACCGCGGUGGCACAAUUGUUCAAGGCACCGCCUCACAAUCCAUCGACGUGGAGCUUGCAGCACACAGGGGUGGUGUGUUUCAUUAAAGACAACCCUCAGCGUUCAUACUUCAUUCGCAUGUACGAUUUGAAGGCUGGCAGGCAGGUGUGGGAACAAGAGCUCUACAACCAAAUUGUUUAUUCCGCACCGCAGUUGUACUUUCACACCUUUGCUGCUGACGACUGUCAAGUUGGACUGAACUUCUCACAGCAGCAUGAAGCAGAAGCCUUUAGAAAUGCUGUGGUAGAGAAAAUCAACCAAAGAAACAACCGGCAAGCAGCAUCUGGGAGUCCUGGUUCCUUUCUUAAAGCCACGGGGGAUGUCCCAAGUCCUGAUAGCCAGUCUCCACAUUCCCGCUUAAUGCACUCAGUUUCCUCACAUCGGAGCAGCAAAGUGAAGAAGGAGAAGAAGAACAAGAAAAAGGCCCCUAAACUCUCUAAAGCCGACAUCGGAGCCCCCAGUGGAUUUAAGCAUGUAAGCCAUGUUGGAUUUGACCCCAACAAUCUUGACCCAGACCUAUGGAACCUUCUGUCGCAAGCUGGCAUCGGAGAGGCCGAGAUGAGGGAUGAGCAGACCUCCCAGCUAGUCUAUAACAUCAUAGAGCGCUCUGGGGGCAUGGAGGCAGUCAAAAGAGAGGCAAAAAAAGGAGUCGCUGGGCCUCCACCCCCUCCACCCAGCAGACAGGGGCCUCUGCCUCCUGUGCCAGGUUCAGGUGGCUCAGCCCCAACACCUCCACCUCCACGAGGGCGUUCUGGACCUCUGCCUCCCCUUCCGGGCCAGCCACAGCGAGCGAUGCGGGCAGCUGUCCCACCCCCGCCAGCAUCAAACCAAGGCUGCCCGCCACCUCUUCCGCCAGCUCACUCUUCACCCUCUCACAUCCCUUCGCUGCCAUCUUCAAAGCCCCCUCAUGUCCCAUCACCACCCCAUCAGCGUCCUACAGGUUUCCCACCUCCAGCCGCCCCCACUCCACCCAGCCGAGGAGACCCUGCACCUCCACCUCCACCUCCUCCACCACCACCUGCUCAACUGUCUGUGGACUCCCACACACCUCCUCCCCCCUUCGGUCACCCACCACCUGCCACUCCAUCUUUGAACAAAGCAGACAGCAGAGGUGCUCUUCUUGAUCAGAUUCGACUGGGGAAGAAGCUCCGUAAUGUGACAGAGUGUCAAGAUCUAACUCCGCCCCCACCAGCAGAGCAAGGCGAAGGCAUUGUCGGCGCUCUCAUGAUGGUCAUGCAGAAGCGCAGUAAAGUCAUUCAUUCCUCUGGUGAAAGUGAAGAUGAGGGUGCUGAUGAUGAAGAUGAUGACGACGAAUGGGAUGACUGACUGAUUAAAGUUGUUGUUUUUGUGGAGUUUCACCCUUAAUCAAGACAGAUGUUUAAAAUGUAUUCAUUUGCAUACAGAUGUGUUCGGAGCGGCUAAUGCAGGUCAAUUCAAAGAUGUUUACACCGGCUAUGUUUACAUGCAGUCAAAUUACACUUAUCAUAAUCGGAAUAUUAGCAAUAACUCGGUUAAACACCAGUAUCCCUUUUGAAAAACACAAAUAUGCUCAUAUUGCGGUUUUUAAAAAGCGUUACUCCUUUUCUAACCUGAAUAUUAGGUCAUUAGGUCAAAAUAUUGUUUUUGUUCUGCGCAUGCUCCCUUCGAAAGGCAUCUUGGGUAUUUAACAGGAAGUAAUGUAUUUGAAAACAUGGCGGCUACAGCGAGAAGAAAACUCACCAUGUCAUUGAUGUGGUGAAAUGUCCCUUGUUGUUCAUUAUACGCCUUGCUGGUGUUUUUUGUUUUUGGAUACCGGAAGAAGAAGCGGAAAUGACGCGCAUUGCGGAAAUGACGUUCUCUGCGCGUGAAGACGCUGUCCGUGCGUCGUUGUUUUGAGCGGGAUAUCCCGAUAUAAUUAGAAAUAACACUGUUUGGUCAAACAUACCGAAUGUUUCAGAAACCGGAAUAUUAACUGCAUGUAAACAUAGUGGCUGUAUAUUUUUUCAAACAUGUUUGUUGUAAGAUGUAACAGCAUAAUGGCAUAAAGAAGUUACUUUCAAUGGGGUGAGUUGUCUCUCGGAAAAAUCCACCAAGAAAUCCAAGUAAAGAGCGUCAACUGAGUCAACGUCAUUCCAAUUUUUAUAACAAUACACUGUACAUUAAAAAAAACCUUUAACUUAGUGAUACAUCUGUGCAAACAUCCCAAAUUUCCCAUCACCACUGUCAAAGUGCAUAACUGAAAGAUCACUGUAUGUCUCACCACUCACAUAAUAGGGCGUGGGGGAUGGAGAUUGGAUGGGGGGCUGGGUGGGGGUGCCACUGUAGGACAGGACAGGAGGAGCAAAAGUCCAGUUGACUUAGCUGAACAGUAAAAUAUGAAUAUUUUACACCUUACAAACAUCAUCACACAGCAAGGCUGUAGAAUAGCAACAGACGACAUACAGAAGCAUGCAACAUUUACACUUAUCAUUAUAUCCUCAUACAAUAGAACAAUCCACUGACUGUAUAUAUUAUAUUCACAAUCAAUA